UAACCUAAAUUUGUGACAGUUCUGUCAGUGCUUAGACUAACAUGCUAAGAAAUUAUAAUUAAAAAUCGUAUUUGAUCAAAAUUACACGUUAGUAUAUAGUACAUAAUUCAAAAACAUGACCUCUGAUUUGGUUGUGGACUCUCAAAUUAGAGGAUGGGUAUUUUUACCAAUUGUAGUGAUCACAUUUCUAGUUGGAAUUUUAAGGCAUUAUAUUUCCAUUCUGUUUAUCUCACAGAAGAAGGCAGAACCUCAGCAACUACAGGACAGCCAGAUAAUCAUGCGAUCACGUAUUUUGAGGGAGAAUGGUAAAUAUAUUCCAAAAUCAUCGUUCUCUUCAAGAAGACAAUUUUUCAAUGUUGAAGAAGGUGGAUACCUUACACAGAAACGAGCUCCGGUCAAUCAAAACAUGAUGACAGACCCCACGAUGAUUACUGACAUGUUAAAAGGAAACAUUACAAAUGUACUGCCCAUGAUUAUUAUUGGUGGUUGGAUCAACUGGAUGCUAUCUGGAUUUAUUACAACAAAAGUUCCAUUUCCACUUACUCUUCGCUUUAAACCAAUGCUGCAAAGAGGAAUUGAACAAAUGCAUUUGGAUGCAUCCUGGGUAUCAUCAGCUUCGUGGUAUUUUCUGAAUGUAUUUGGAUUGAGGAGCAUUUAUACAUUGGUUUUGGGGGAAAACAACGGAGCUGACCAGUCAAGACAUAUGCAAGAACAAAUGUCAGGAGCAGCAGUUGCAAUGCCAACAGAUUCCAAAGUCGCAUUUAAAUCUGAAUGGGAAGCUCUGGAAUUAGCAGAACAUCAGUGGGCUUUACAUGAUAUUGAACAAUUAGUUAUUCAAAAACCUAUGUAAAAUAUUUUUUGAAUGCUUUCCAAAUAAUUUAUUUGAAAGAAGCAUACUUCAUCAUUUGGCUUUUAAAAAUUAAGUAUGUAAAUUAACAAACUAUUGCAAUUUACAAAGAAACACAAUAAAGACAUUAAAAUAUU